CGCUCGCGCUGCAGGUGCCGCCGCCGCCGCCGCCGCCCCCGCCCCCGCCCCGCCCGCGGCACCUCGGGGCCCGGCCUCCCCGCGGAGCCUCUGCUGCUGCGCCGCCGCCUCGGACGCCCGACGCGCCGCAAUGGACGAGGCCGCGCUGGUGAGGGAGAGGCUCCAGGCCAUCACGGAUAAAAGAAAAAUACAGGAAGAAAUCUCACAGAAGCGGCUGAGAAUAGAAGAAGAAAAACUAAAGCACCAGCAUUUGAAGAAAAAGGCCUUAAGGGAGAAAUGGCUUCUAGAUGGAGUCAGCAACGGAAAAGAACAGGAAGAGAUGAAGAAGCAAAAUCAACAAGACCAGCACCAGAUCCAGGUUCUAGAACAAAGUAUUCUCAGAAUUGAGAAAGAGAUCCAAGAUCUUGAAAAGGCUGAGCUGCAAAUCUCAAACAAUGAAGAGGCAAUUUUAAAGAAACUAAAAUCAGUUGAGAGGACAACAGAAGACAUAAUAAGGUCUGUGAAGGUGGAAAAGGAAGAAACUUCAGAAGAGUCAAUCGAAGACAUCUAUGCUAACAUCCCUGACCUUCCGAAAUCCUAUGUGCCUUCCAGAUUAAGGAAGGAAAGAAAUGAAGGAACAGAAGAUGAUGAACAAAACAGAAAAGCUUUGUAUGCCAUGGAAAUUAAAGUUGAAAAAGACUUGAAAACUGGAGAAAGUACAGUCCUGUCUUCAAUACCUCUCCCAUCAGAUGACUUUAAAGGUACAGGAAUAAAAGUUUACGAUGACGGGCAAAAGUCAGUAUAUGCAGUAAGCUCUAAUCAUGGGGCAGCAUACAAUGGCACCGAUGGCCUGGCACCAGUUGAGGUGGAGGAACUUUUGAGACAAGCCUCCGAGAGAAACUCUAAAUCCCCAACAGAGUAUCAUGAGCCUGUCUAUGCCAAUCCAUUUGGCAGGCCUACAACUCCACAGAGGGAAAAGGUAACUCCUGGUCCAAACUUUCAAGAAAGGAUAAAGAUGAAAGCUAAUGGACUAGGUAAUGAUAUGAGUGAAUCCAUGCUCAAAAUGGACAAUGGGCUUUCAGAGGAGAGGGACAACAGCCUCAAUCAUAUCAGCCCCGUUCGGCCAGUACCUCAACCCCGAUCAAUGACUCAACAAGCAGAGGAGAUGCCGCACACCCAACAAAAGAGGCUGAUGACUCCUUGGGAAGAAUCAAAUGUGAUGCAGGACAAAUAUUUGGCUUCUCCAAAGGCAAGACUGAGUCCCAGUGAACCACUAGCUGGGAAGUCAAACCACCAGGAUUCUUCUGCUUGCCAGGAGGAUGAGGAAGAUAUUAGAUAUAAUAUCGUUCAUUCCCUGCCUUCUGAUAUGGCUGAUUCAGAACCUGUGACGAUGAUUUUCAUGGGGUAUCAGCAGGCAGAAGACAACGAAGAAGAAAAGAAGCUUCUGACAGGGUAUGACGGGAUCAUCCAUGCCGAGCUGGUUGUGAUUGAUGAUGAGGAGGAGGAGGCUGAAGGAGAAGCUGAGAAACCAUCCUACCAUGCCGUGGCUCCCUGCAGUAAGGUUUACCAGCCUGCCACACCAACACCACUUCCUAGAAAGAGAUCAGAGAUGAAGCCCUAUGAAAACACAAGCCACAGAUCUCCCCACAAAAAUUCCAUAUCCCGGAAAGAGCAAGAAGAAAGCUUAGGCAGCCCUGCUCAACAAUGUCCACUUGACGUUCAGAUAGCCGGAGACGGGACCGAAGAUCCAUCCUUAACAGCUUUAAGGAUGAGAAUGGCAAAACUGGGGAAAAAAGUUAUCUGAGAGGUGUAUCAUCUACCUAAACAUCCUUUGGAGAAGAAACUAAGAAACAUUUGCCACCUUCUCUUCUGGGUAUUUUGUUUCUUUUUUCCUGAGACUCCAGAAAUUAUAAUUAUAGCCAUAUUAAGCCAUGUGAAUAAGCAGUGCUCAUUAUUUGUGGGGAAAAAAAUCCCAAAAAAGCUAGGGAGAACAAAUGCUUAACUUUUCCAGUUACUUGACACAAUUCAGUGGUGGGGGAGAAACCAGCAUAUUUUUAUUGUAUUGAUACCAAAGCAUUUCUAAUAAGAGUGUGUUAAAUUUAAAAAUAAAGCUAUUUAAAAUAGCCUGACUAUAUUCUAUUAACCAACAUGGUAAUUUUGCUAAUACAAAGACUGAAAGAUCAUAGGAAGCCAUUGCAACCUCAUCACAGAAAUAUUCAUCUUCAACCCCAACAAGUAAACAUGACAUCCCAAAUCUACAAGGCAUUAAGACAACCACAUCCUCCUGCUAAGGACCAAUGGAUUUGGUAGAGACUUCAGAUUCUUUGCACCCAUCCCAAAGGUGCAUGUCAUAAUUAUCCUCAUAUUUUGGGACUAGAUUUGUAGUAUCUUGAUAGUGUUCAUGACUUUGUACAUGACAAUUGACACAUUUAUUAUUCUUGAAGUAUUUUUUUCUUUCAUUCAGUUCAGUGUGAACUCCAUGGUGUGAUGACUGAUUAUGACCUAAGGCUAUUAGAUGGAGGACUUCCUGUAUUCUCGAGGAAUACAAAUCUAGUCUAAUGUUUGACCAAUCCUUGUAAAUAUGUUAGAAGCCUAAUAUUAAGACUUAACAAGAAUGUGUACAGCCCGUCACCUCUAAGAUUUCUGCCAAGAUGUUAAAUCCUGAUUUGAAAAAUACUCCUAUGCCAGUUCUCUCCUACUCCACCUUAUUGUACUGUCCUCCACCCAACACUCUUAAAACCCAUCUUCACACGUCUUCCCCUGGAUCAGGCGAGUGCAUAUUAUCCAGGUCCUGCAAGUCCUUCAGUAGUCUGUUUCUUCUCAGAGCAGAAACUGAAUUUCUCUGGUGAAAUUAUGAGACCUUAUCUUGGUUAUUGGUGUGGAGGCAAUGAGAGACAAAAGAAGCAGAUCGAUGAGGACAAGCUUAAACCUGCCAAGCAUCAACCUCAGAUGAAUUGUUUGCAAGGGGCAGUUGUUCUCUAGCAUAAGAGAAUGCCUCUCUCUGCUGGCCUGGAAUCUGGGAAAUCUGGAGGUUCAAAUUUCAGAGACACUGUGACACAAACAACCCUAUCCCAGGUCCAAUGGUCCCAUUCCUUCCCUUUCAUGGCUCUGACUUUAGUAUAAGUGACUUGUCAAACCUGCACAUUCUUUUGUAGGUCUGCCAUCCUUGUGAUUAAAGCAUUGAUUUUUGGUUUUGA